AUGUUCUCAAACCCCACCAAUCCAAAAAUGAAGCUUUCACUUCUUUUUGCAUCUGUUGCGGCAGCAGCGCAGACUUUCCAGAUCACCGUGGUGAGAUCAGGAACACCUUACCAGGGAGGCAUGCUCGGUGCCUCUUCUGAAAAGGUGGUUUAUGGCGGAGGCAGCGAGAUCCAGUGGGUACUCAACGACGACGGGUCUUUGGCUGAUAAGAACUCGGAAAAGUACGUGGCCGUGGAAGACGGCUGGUUGGUGCUCAGUGACACAGCACAGAAGUCCUUUUCUUUAAACGCAGACAGGUUGGCCUACAACGAUGCUCCUUCGUUUGGCAUUUGUCCUGACGACCAAGACGGGGUCCAGUUCAACGGCACCUGCUCCAACUACACUGGCGUGGCCCUCCAGGCCAUCAGCAAGAAGUUCACUUUGGACUACCAUCCUGACGGGAUCCAGUUCCCCGGCAAACCCACCUCCACUUCCGAGCAAGGGCCAUCUUCCGUCACCAACUUUGACAAUUCCUCUACACUCCGUACCACCAUUGCCAAAAGAGAUUUCGGCAAUGGCGGCGGGGUGAUUUCUGCUACCUUCUCGACUACCCCAAGGCAAAAGGGAACUGACUACCUUUUGAUGACAGCCAAGAGUCGUGGGUGGUUAUGGCAUUGGCUGACCUUGAAGAAGGUUGAUUCCCACCCGGAGGUGUUCUCAGUUUCUAGAAACGAGGGAAAGGAGGUGAGAUUUAGUUUCGAAGAAAACGGUGUGAUGUAUGAUAUGGAUGGGAAGAGGCUCAUUGUACGUGAGAACGGUGAGUUUGGUGAAGUCAAAGAGGGAGAAGAGCCUCUGACUGGUUUCCUGCAAGAUGGCGUCUUACUUCUCUACAAGGGCGACCCAUGGUUCUAUGCUUGCCAGAAGGCCGAGGACGAGCUUUACGUUUACAAGACCAAAAAGGAUGGCUGUACCGCUAUCAACUUCCAUCUCUUUUGA